ACACACACACACAUACAGUGACACUUUGACACUUGACAGUAAAUAUUGACGUGGACAUUUAUUAUUAUAUUAUUUAUUAAUAUAUGUUUUAAGACAUUAUAAACAAUUGUCAAUUAACAAUUUGAGUGUCUCGAGUGUCUACUUUAUUUUUAAUAAAUUAUAAUUGCAUAAUGUCCAACAAAGCAUCAUUAAUUUAUCAAUAAACAACGUAUAUAAACAUAAUUAAAGUUUUAAAAAAAUAAUAAAAAUGACAGAAACAAAUGUCAAUAUGAAUUUAAUAAAUUGGGAUAGAAUGGAGGAUGCCCUGGCACCACUGUCAGAUAAACAAAAGUACUUGAUAGCAUGUCUAGAAGAGGAAGUUAUGAAAACAGAUGUAGAAAAUUAUAACAGUCCAUCAUCAAAGCCAACUGAUGAUUCUUUAAAUCAACAGCAACAUGAUGAUGACAACAAACAAAUUGAAAAAAUAGAAACAUGUCGUGAAUUAUUAAAAUUAUAUGCAACUCUUGAAACAAAAUGUGAGUCAUCAGAGUAUACAAGAUACUCAAAUUAUUUAGAGCAAUUAAAAACAAGAAGAGAUGAAUGUCAAAGUCUAUGUAAAAAUAUUGAAGAUGCACUUGAUGAUUUUGCACAAUUAUCACGUCAAUAUGCAAUUGUAUCUGGCAAAACAACAUCACUACAUUCAGCAACUGAACAAUUAAUAUCAGAACAAGAAAAACUAAAUGAUCUUGUUAAUCAAAUUGGUCAGUAUACAAAAUAUUUUAAAGAAUCAAAUUUCAUAAUGGACAAGCUUGAUUCACCAAGUUUAUCUGUACGAAGUGAUACAUUUAUUGAUAUAACUGAAAAAAUUGAAAAAAACAUUGAAUUUAUGGAAAAAAAUGAUAAAUUUAAAGAAGCAAGUUCUUAUCUUGUUAAAUAUCGUCAUUGUCAAUCACGAGUUAUUAAUAUGAUGCACAAUUGGAUAAUGAGUCUAUUGGAUGAAGCAACAAAAAGUAUUUUAAAUCAAAAUGAAGAUUUUAGUGAAUUAAAUCAUCAAGGUCAAACUGAUUCAUCAUUGAUCAACACACCAGACACAAUAAUGGCUUUACUAUAUGGUCGUUUUCAACAAAUAUUACCAAAAAUGAGACCAAUCGUUAAUAUUAUUGAAAAAAGAUCAUACAAACGUCAAGAGUAUGAUUCAUUGUUGGCUGAUUGUCAUCAAAAGUACCUGACAAAAAGAGGAAUGGUACUUGUUCCAAGUGUACAAAUGGGAUUACAAUCAGCAAAAGAUAAAUACAAUGGUGAUCAUUGUAGUCAUGUGAGACAUGCAUGUUCACUUCUUCUUCAUGCUUCCAUAGAUGAGUACAGAUUAUUUUAUCAAUUUUUUGAUAAAAAAACAUCAGCACUUACUGAGUAUCUUGAGAGUCUUUGUACGUCAUUGUAUGAUUCAUUAAGACCAUCAAUUAUAAAUAUAAUUCACUUGGAGACACUUGCUGAAAUAUGUUGUAUAUUAAGAAUUGAAAUGUUGGAAGAACAUGUGCAUAAUAAUAUGGAAGCAUUGGAAGGUUUUGGAAAUGUUUGUUUGCAACUUCUUCAUGAUGCACAAGAGAGACUUGUUUAUCGUGCUCAUCUUUAUUUACAAUCUGACAUACAGGGCUAUAAUCCAUCACCAGGUGAUUUAGCUUAUCCUGAUAAAUUAAAAAUGAUGGAGGACAUUGCUGAAUCAUUGAGAGAAGAAGAUAGACAAGCAAGAAUUAAAAAAAUAUCUGUUACUUCACUUGUACCUUCAGUUAUUGGCUCAUCAAAUGAGAGUUUAAAUUUAAAACAAGAACAGCAACAACAACAGAAACAUAUUGCAUUUGAGCCACUUAUGCAAAAAUCAAGUGUAUCAAAUUCACCAGCUGAUUUACAUGGAAUGUGGUAUCCAACUGUUAGACGUACACUUGUUUGUUUAUCACGUCUUUAUCGUUGUGUUGAUAGACCAGUAUUUCAAUCAUUGAGCCAUGACGCAAUAACAUUUUGUGUUGAGAGUGUUGAAAAUGCUAAAGAAAAAAUUCAACAAAGAUCAACAGAAAUUGAUGCAUUAUUAUUUCAAAUUAAACAUUUAUUAAUAUUACGAGAACAAAUUGCUCCAUUUCAAGUUGAUUUUACAAUUAAAGAAUAUUCACUUGAUUUUUCAAAAGUUAAAACAGCUGCAUUUGGUUUAUUGGAAAAACGUUCAAGGCUAUUUGCAUUAUCAAAUAAUGCAUUGUUAGAAUUUUUACUUGAAGGAGCACCAAGAAUGAAAGAACAUCUUAUUGAUUCAAGAAAACAUGUUGAUGCUAAAUUAAAAGCAUCUUGUCAAAGACUCAUUCAACAUUGUACAGAUAUUAUUGUUGAGCCAAUAAAUCAAUUACUUGAACAAUCAAAACAAAAUAAUAAUAACAAUGAUGAAGUGAUUAAAAUUGAAGCACAGCAAGUUGCUAAAGUUGUUAGUGAAUCAUUGAGAUUAAUUAAAUUUCGUUUACCAAGUAUACAACAAUCAAUGCAAUUAUAUUUGGCAAAUAAAGAAACAGAGUGUAUAUUAUUUAAACCAAUUAGAAAUAAUGUUGUUGGUAUAUUUGCUCAAUUGUCACAUUUUAUUUAUGCCAAUUAUAGUACAGAAGAACAGCUAUUGAUUGCGUGUCCAUUGCCAGAACAAAUAUCAAUUAUGCUUAGUUCAACAAGUCUAUCACAUGGUAAAAGUAUUGAAAAUUUAAAAAGUCCAACAUCAACACAACCAGAAGAACAAUCAUCUCAUAAUAACAACAAUUCUUUUGCUGAUAUUGUCAAUUAGCUAUUUAAUUAUCAAGAUUGUUUGUAAAUAUAUAUUAUUAUUAUUAUUUAUGGUAUAUGCAUUUUAUUUAAUAAAAUUGAUUUGUUUUUAAUUUGAAUUUAAUUAAAAUUAUUUUAAAAAAAAAAUUUAAAUAUAUGACCUAGUGAGCUGAUUUUGAAUGAUUCAAAUUUUUUUUUUUCAAUGGAAGUAAGAUUGAGAUUAUUCUAUAACCAAGAGUUAGUUUUUUUAUCAUUAUUUAUUUAUUUAUUUUUAAAUUAAUAUUAUUUCUUGCUGACAAUUCAUGAAAAUAUAUUGUUAAUAAUAAUUAUGAUUUAUGAUUGUUGAAACUUUAAAUCAA